AAAAAAAAAAAAAGUGGUAGAUUUUCUAUUUCAGGCUGCUUCUGCAAAAUAAAAAUAAAUUGAGGGAAAUCAGGGAUGACUCUAUUUUCUUUUGGAACUUUGACCUCUUUCUCUCAUUCCUUCUCAUCCGUCCCAUCUCGAUCGUCCUGAUGGUGAACAUCACCUUUAAAUUUGAAGCGUUCAGUUUCAACGGGAUAUGUCAAACAGUGGCUCUCACAUUAUGUCCUCUUAUCGGCAAGCAUGAUGGCAUUGAACCCGUGUGCUAUUCACGUAACGUGGAUCUUGCAGGCAAUCUCAUUUUUCAACCGGCUACAUUAAUCAUUGAUAUCGUUGCCAUUAUCAUGGCGGCCAUCAUGAUUUAUCAUAUUAAAUCAAAAUACACAGCCGUCGGUCGCAAGGAAAUCGUCAUGUUUUUUUAUCUUUACAUGAUUACCGUGCUUUUGGAAAUGUUGCUUGUUACUGGCAUCAUUCCUACCUCUUCCAGUGUGUAUCCGUGGUUUACGGCAGUUCACAUUGGUUUGAUCAGUGCCACUUUCUGGUGCUUGCUUCUUAAUGGGUUUGUUGGAUUCCAGUUUGCAGAAGAUGGUACUCCGCUGUCGCUUUGGUCGAUUCGUAUCAGUUCCUUUGUCAUUUUCAUGGUAGUGGGAUUCAUCUCCAUUGCCACGUUUCAGAAUAUUGGGCCGUUCACUUACACCAAACCCGCCGCGUUAUGGGUCUUCUUUUUUAUCAUCAACGGUGUCGCCUUUAUCAUUUACGUCAUUUCGCAAAUUAUCCUCGUCGUGAAUACCCUGGACGAUCGAUGGCCACUGGGUGAUAUUCUAUUUGGCACGGCCUUCUUUAUCGUGGGUCAAGUGAUCAUGUUUAUAUUUUCCGUGACCAUUUGCGACCAAGUGAAGCAUUACGUCGACGGGCUCUUCUUUGGUACAACGUGUACCUUACUUGCCGUCAUGAUGGUUUACAAAUAUUGGGAUUCCAUUACCAAAGAGGAUCUCGAAUUUUCCGUCGGAUCCAAACAAAACGUGUGGGAAGUCAAGGAAUUAUUGGCGGAUGAUGACUUGUCACAAAACUACGGCACCAACUAUGUUCACUCUCCUCCUCCUCCUUCUUCGGGACCCAUGCAUCCUCCUCCACAACCACAAUACGGUCAACAAUACCAGCAUUAUCAACAACAUCCUUACUAAAUGCCUUUUUAUUAGAUUCCCUCUGCCCUAUUUUACAUAAAUUUACCAUGAUCAAUCUUCUUUUUCUUCGUUUCAUUUGUCAUCACUAUCAUCACCAUUAUUUUUGUUGAUUUGCGCUUUUGCCUUUUUUUUUUUUGCCGCAUACCCUAUCCCUCAUCCUUCAAUAAACUUUUCUGUUCAUUUUUGCUUCCUUUUUUUUCAAUUUCGUUUUAUGUGUUCGGGUCGCCCAAUGGGUGGUUCCCAUUUAUUUUUCAAACG